UACUCUCUGGUAUUUCCCUACGUAAUUUUCCAACCUCCAAAAUUUCCUUUUUGUUUGUUUUCUCUUUAUUUAUUAUUUGGAGUUGCAGUAAUUUAUAUUUGUAAACAAUGACCUUAUUUAGGCUAAAAUCUGCUCCAUUUGUAUUAAUAGAAAACGACGUUAAUAAAAACAUUAAUCCUUUGCUUCUUGAGCUUGUGCAGGAAGAAAAAUCUAUCAACAUUAUUUGUUAUGAACAACCUAUGAAUAUCUGGAGAAAUGUUUUUAGAAGCUUUACCAAUGUUAAUUACUAUGAAGAAUUUAAUACGGCAACGUACAAUAGUUAUGUGAGUGGUAAAUGUUCAAUAAUAAUAGAUUCUAUAAACCAAAUGGCUCUAUGUAUGGGUUGGAAUGAGUGUUUGAAGCAUUUAAAGCGGCUACAAAAUGAUCCCAAUGUAAAUAGAUUAAUAUUAAUACUGCACAAAGAUUGUAUACCACACAGUUCCAAACUUCUUACACAUUUAAAUCAUAUGGUUAAUGUAAUAAUAUCAUAUGAUACAAAUGACCCGCACAAAGUUUGGAUUAAGUUAAAGAAAGGCAGCAAAAUCCUAAGGAGUGAAGAAAUAAUUGCAUAUGAUAGUAAAACAUCAUUGUUAACCUUAACUCCUGUCAUAAAGCAAGAAAUCAAAGAGGAAGAGCCUGAAAAACCAUUACCUACAAAUCUGACCACAUUCAAAAUUGAGGUGGAUCAAAAUGAAAAGAUACAGAAGUAUAACUUGAAACUACCUUACAUGAGCAAAAUCCAUGAAGGUGAGAGCAAGGUGUACUACGAACCAGAUGCAGUAGAUGAUUGGGACGAGGAAGACCCUGAUGAAGAUCUGGAUAUUUAAAUAAAGCAUAAAUCAAUAUAA